UGGACACUGAUUGUGUUUUGAAAAAUCAAUACUGCACUUUGCAGCCUGAAAGGUCAAAGGAUCAUUGCUUAAUACUGUUAUGUGUGAGCUAGAAGAGUGUAUAAUAUAGCUAUAUUUACAAGAAUACUGAAAAUAUUGUACCCCAGACUCAUUACUGUGAAAAUAUCGUAUAAACGAAGUGGUCGGCCCUAGCCGGGAUUUUAUUUAGAAACAAAUCAAAUUUGAUCAAAACAUGCCUGUGAGAUCAUUAUCAGUGCGUCGUUUUUUUAUUUACUUUGUAAUUGUUUUAUUUUUUCUUACUGUAAUUUACAUUUAUUUAAAUUACUUAAAAAAUGACUAUGAAGAUGAUUUAUGGGAAAAUGACCGGUGCAUAUCUGAGCUGAACGCUUUGAAAUAUCAAUUGGAUGUUGUCACAGAAUACAAGGAUCGUUUAGAUAAAUUACUCACUGAUACUCAGAAAAAAUGUGACUAUGAAAAAGAGAGGUUUAAGGAAAUAAUGGAUAGUUGCCUUGCAAUGAAACAGCAGACUUCAAUCUGUCAGAGUCAAUUUGAAGACUUGCAAAUUGAAUGCAAAAAGGCGAAGGAACAAGCUGAUAAAUGUAAAAAGGAAAUGGAGAAAUUGAUGCCUGCAAGAUAAUUAUGUUAUUAGUUAUAAGGAUUCAUUGUAAAAUUUAUUGUUAUACAUUACCUUUGUAAAUAGUUAAGAUUUUAAAUUUUAAAUAAAUGAUUUAA